AUGGAGAAGAAUAAAUCAGCUCUAUUAUCAUUUCUAGAGAUGGAUCUUAGAAAUAUCUCAUCAGAAGCAAGAAAUAAAUUAUUAAAUAUUAAAGAAGCAAGUGAAAGAGGUAUUUUAUAUAUUAAAUAUCUUCAAGAACAAUCAGCAACUCCUGAAAUAUUAUUACAAAAUUUAAAAUCAAAAUCUGAUGAAAUCUUAAAACCAUUUUUAAUGGCAUUAGAAUCAAAGAAUCAAAAAAUGAUUUCAUUAGCAAUUGGUUCAGUUUUAAAAUUAAUUUCACAUAGUGCAAUCUCAAAUAGUUCAAUACCUUCAAUUUUAAGUAAAAUGCAAUUAUUAAUUGAUGUUGGAUCAGAUGAAUCAAUUCAAUUAAAAGUUUUACAAGGAUUAUUAGUAUUGAUAACUACAGUACCAGAUAUUCAUGAUGAAGAGUUAUCACAAUUAUUGGUAUUAUGUUUUAGAUUACAUGGUAGUAAGAAUACAUCAAUUCAAAGUACAUCAUCUGCAACAUUACCACAAAUCAUUAGAAUCAUUUUCGAUAGAGUUUCUGUUGAAAUGAAUACUGCAAAUAAGGAAAUACUAUCAUCACCUGUAACUACAAAAUUAAUAAAUUCAAAAUCUUCUGAUAAUAUAACUUUAAGUAAUAAUAAUAAUCAAGAUGAUUCAUCAUCUUCAUCUUUAUCAACUACUUCAGAUUCAACUACAACUACAAAAAAUGAUGAUAAUACAGGUACUACUACACCAACAACAACAACAACAGAAAAUACAGAUACUAAAACUACAACAACAGUAACAGAAACUACAGAUACUAAAACAACAACAGCAACAGAUAAUCAAUCACCACAAUUAAAAUCAUCACCAUCAAAUACAAAUGUAGUUCAACAACAUCAACAACAUAAUAAAAAUAAAUCAUGGUCAAAUUUAAAACCAUCAGCAAAAGAUGCAUAUUUAUUAUUACAAGAUUUAUGUUAUAUUACAGGUAGUGAUUCACCAGAAUGGUUACCACAUACGACAACCAUUUCAAGAGCAUCAGGUUUAGAUUUCAUUGAAAUGAUACUUUCAGUUCAUUAUGAUAUUUUUUUUAAGUUAGAAGAAUUUAAAAAUUUAUUAAAAGAUAAAAUUUGUCCAUUAUUAAUUAAAAAUUUUAAAUUUAAGAUGGAUUUUUAUCAUACAGUUAGAUUGAUUAGAGUGAUAACACAAUUUAUUAGUAAAUUUAGUUCAAUAAUGGUUACAGAAUCAGAUGUAUUAUUGACAAAAACUAUAAAGAUGAUGGAUUUAGAUCAACCAAUUUGGACACAAAUUUUAGCAUUGGAAUCAUUUAGAGUCUAUUCAGAGGAUCCAAAUCUAUUAAGAUUAUUCUUUAAAAACUAUGAUAAAGAUAACAACUCUGCAAAGAUAUUUGAAACAAUGACGAUUGCAAUUGGAAAAUAUGUUCAAAAUUUGUAUGGAUUGGAUAGUAGUCAUUUUGUGUUGGUUCAAACCUCAAAGAAUCGUCUAUUGGAUUUAUUAUGGCAAUCAGAGGUACCACUGAUUAAAGAGAGUUAUAUAAUCUCGGUUUGCACAGAAUGUAUCAAUGGUAUUGUUAAUGCAGUCUCAAAAAUCAAUAAUCCCGAUAAUAGUGCACAACAAUAUUCAGACUCUUUGGAGAUAUUCACUCAAAUGGCAAAUUCAUGUUGGGUAUCAAUACUUGGUGGUAUCUCAAUGUUAUUAGGUAAAACCAAUGACGAAGCUUUAAUUCAAAUGGUUUUAAAAUCAUUACAAUCAUUUACAAAUACAUGUGGUGAUUUACAUUUAUCUGCACCAAGAGAUGCUUUAUUAACUUGUCUUUGUAAAACUACAACUUUACCAUCAUUUGAAUUAUUAAAUUCAAAUUUAAAUUUAAAUGCGACAACAACAACAACGACAACAACAAAUACGAAUACUAUAAAUAAUAUAAAUAAUAUAAAUAAUAUAAAUAAUACGAAUAAUACGAAUAAUUCGAAUAAUAUAAAUAAUACAAAUAUAAAUACGAAUAAUAUAAAUAAUAGCGAACAACAACAACAACAACAACAACAACAAAUACAAUCACCAAUAUCAUCGACAUCAACAUCAUCAAAUAUAAUAUCAUCACAACAAUCAACACCAUCAAAUUCAUUAACACCACAACAAUUGUCACAAAAUAAUAAAGACGGUCAAAUUUCAAUAAAUACUAUGGAAGAGAAAUUAUCAAAUUUUUAUCCAACCACUAAAAAUAUAUUAUCAGUGAAAAUUUUAUUUAAUAUAGCUCAUUGUAUGGGUUCAUUAUUGGAUGAAUCUUGGAUACUGGUUUUAGAAACAUUAGAAACUUGGAAUAGAUUUUUAGAGAGUUUUUUAAAGAAAAAAGAGAAUUCAAAUAAUACACAAACAACAACAGGUACAGGUAAUACAAUAAAUGGUAAUAAUAAUAAUAAUAGUGGUGGUAAUAAAAGUGGUGAUAAUAUAAUAUUACCAAAUCCAUCAAGUUUAUCAAUUGCAAAUAAUAAUAAUAUUAAUAAUAAUAAUGAAAAUACAUCAUCACCAAAAGAAACAUCAUCACCACGUACAAUUGGAUCAAGUGAAGUACCAAUUUUAAUGAAUUCAAUGGAUAAUUUAUUUAAAUCAAGUUCACAAUUAGAUUUAAGAUCUUGUCAAUACCUUUUAGAAGCAUUAGGUAAAUUAUGUACACAAUCAUUUAAUUUGAAAUCAUUUAAUUCAACACCUAAUAUGUUUGGUAUUUCAAAGUUACGUGAAACUGCAUUAGCAAAUCUCUAUAGAAUCGAUACAAUAUGGCCAUUAAUUUCAGAUCAUAUCAUUGAUGCUGGUAAUCAUAGAAAUCCAUUAUUUAGAAAAUAUUCUGUUGAAUUUUUAAAUUCAAUCAUUAAAUCAACAAUUUCAUUACAACAAUCACAACAAUUAUUACAAUUACAAAAAGAAAAAUUAUUAUCACAACAACAACAACAACAACAAGAAAAAGAAAAAGAAAAAGAUAAUUCAUCAUUAAAUAGUGAAAGUAAUGAAGAUCAAUCAUCUGAUCUAACAAAUUCACCAGUUUCAACAACAACAACAACAACAACAACAACAACAACAACAACAACAUCAACAAUUAAUAUUUUAAAUUCAAAUUUAUCAUCAAUUAAUUCACAAUUUAUUGAAAAUUAUGAAUUUGAAAAAGAAUUAUUAGAAUUAGAUAAGAAUCAAAUUCAAUUAGAAUUUUUUACAACAUUAGAAGAAUUAUCAUUUUCAACAUCAAAUGAUACAAAAGAGAAAGUUUUAGAAUCUAUUAAUAGUAUUUUAUCAACUUCUGGUCAAUCUUUAACAACUUCAUGGCCAAUUAUUUUAAGUAUUUUGUUAAGAAUGUCAAAAUGUAAUGAAAAGAGAUUCAUUUCAUUAUCAUUUUCAAGUUUAGAAUUAAUUUGUAAUGAAUUUUUAUCAAAUUUAACACCUGAAUGUUUAGCAUUAACCAUUGAAUUGAUUGAAAGUUUUGUUUCACAAAAAGCUGAUAUCAAUAUAAGUUUAACUGGUUCAUCGGGUUUAUUGACAGAUUUAACUUAUUUCUUGGCAAAUGAAAAUUCAAUUAAAACAAGUAAAUAUCAAGUUUCAGAUGGUAAAGCAAUUGACCCAGUUAAAGAAUCACAUAGUCAAUGUAGGUUCACUAAAACUUUGAAUUCACGUAUACGUCCAUCCAUUUCAGAGUCAAGUCCAUUCUUUAAGGAGAAAAAUAAAUCAUUGAUUGAUAGAAUGUGGUUAUGUUCUUUCAAUUCUAUGAAAACCUUAUGUAUUGAUGUUAGACCUGCAAUUAGAAAUGGUGUAGUGGUUUCAUUAUUUCAAAUUUUAACAACUUAUUUCCAUUUGUUUGAAAAGGAGUUAUUGGAUGUCAUAUUGUGGUCAAUUCUAUUCCCAUUGAUUCAAGAGAUUAAAUCAUUCUCUGAAAAGGCUGAUCAAGAAAGAAUAGAUUCUGAUCUAGGUGGUGGUGUCAUGUUGUUGGUACAUCAUAGUAGAAACACUGCUCAAAAACAAUGGGAUGAAACUCAAGUACUCUCAAUUGGUGGUAUGGUUAGAAUUUUUAAAACAUUUUUUGAUCAACUUUUCACUUUACCAACUUUUGAUGCAGCUUGGUCAACUUUAUUAAAUCAUCUUCAAACCGAAUCUAAAUCAUCAUCAAAGGAGGUUUCAUUGACUUCACUCUCGUUCAUUCAUGAGAUUGUAAAUACUCCAUCCAUUAUUGACCCAUCACAUCCACAAUUGGCCGAGUCGAUUUGGGAAUGUUUAUUACAUUUGUCUCCAAAGUUAUUUGAUCCACAAAAUUCUGUACCAAAAUCAUUGUCUGUCUAUAUCAAGGUUUUCACAGAUUUGUUCAAUAAAACUCGUCCUCAAUUGAAUCAUGCACAAAUGAAUCGUGCUUUGGAGAUCAUUUUCCCAAUGGGUUUAUUCAUUGGUGAUUCUUCAACCGUUUUAUCAAAUCCACAAACUCAUGCCAUUCAAUUGAUUAAAUCAUUACCACCAAUCACUGUGGAUAUUUUCCCAUCGGUGAUUUCAAUACUUUUGAAAUAUAUCUCGAUUGGUAUCAAUAUGGUUUCACCACCAUUCACACCAACUUCAGCAACUUGUGAUUUCAUAUUCCCACCACAAACUCCAAUUACAAAGGAUUUAGUCUACUAUUCAACCAUCACUGAACAAUCAAUCGAUUUAAUCUAUGAACUAUUUUCACAUUCUUCAACAACUGAUGAAAUGAGAUCAUUGGUAUUCGAAGAUAUCAUAAAGGUAUUGGGUGCUUCAAUGUUAACCAAAUAUCAAAAAUAUCAUUCAACCAUUUGGAAACUUUCUGUAUCAAAUUUAAUUAAACUAUUACCAUCUGGUCUAUUGGCAAUUAAUAUCGAUUCAAAUCAUUUAAAUGAUAUUAAAAGAAAUAUCAUUUGGACAGAGUUAAUCGAUUCAAUUCAAACUUUUAUACUUCAUGAAAGACCAAAUCAUCAAAUUUCACCAGAGAAAAGAUUAGAAGAGGAUCAAUAUGAUAUUGAUCUUAUCAAUGCAAUUUCAAAGGAAAUGGUUGGUUUCUCUGGUAUUAAAGUUGAACGUGUUUCAAUCAUUCGUGAUAGAUUAGUUGAAAUUUUACAAGAAGGUUCGGUUUUAUCUGCUCAUGGUCGUGAAAAAGUUGCUCAAUCUUGUUAUAGAAAUAUGUUUUCAAUUUGUUCAACUACAAAUAAUAAUAAUAAUAAUAAUAAUAAAAACGAUAAUAAUAAUAAUAACAAUACCGAUGAUAAUGAUGGUAAUCAAGCUUCAGAAUCAAUUGAAAUUGCUAAAGUAGUAUUACCAGUGGUUUUAAAACGUUGUAAAGAUGUUUUAACAAGAUUUGUAAUUGAUGAAAGACAAUCUGGUAAUUAUCCAUUACCAAGAUAUCGAUUAUCUGAAAUCUCUUUUAUCUUGAAAGAAAUUUAUGAAUUACAAUUACAAUCAGGUGUUUAUCAACCAUUAAAUAAUAGUACAACUAUAAUUAAACCCGAAUGUAAAAGACCUCAUCUAUUAGAAUUAUAUACUAUACUUUGUGAUUGUAUUUGUACUUCUGAAAAAGAAAUUAAAGAAUUAUUAAAAAAUAUAUUUUUAAUUAUCUCGAAAGAAUUUUUAAAUUUAUAA